GCGUCCUUGCCCUGCGCCAGCACGCCCCUCGGCGGCCGCCGCGAAGCCCCGCUCAUGCUGUUGUGGUACAGCGAGAGCGCGCCCGACGACGGAGUGCCCAUCUACCGGGUGGACGCGCGUGGCCGGCCUCUCUCCCACGCGAGGCUCUGGUCGUCGCCGACGUGGUUCGGGCCGCGUGCGUCCUUCGUGGUGGACCAGGACACGGUGCACCUCGUGGUGAGCGGCCUGCGCGAGGAGGACCACGGCGUGUACCGCUGCCGGGUGGACUUCAAGGACUCGCCGACCAGGAACUCCAGGAUCGGCCUCACCGUCACGGUUCCACCGUCGCAGCUGCUUGUCACGAGACUGCCCCACCCGCAGGGCGGCCCCAGCGUGCCGCUCGAGUCCCUGCCGCCGCUCAAAGAGGGCGACGAGCUGAGCCUGGCCUGCGAGGCGAUCGGAGGUCGGCCGCGUCCCAGCGUGGUGUGGCUGCUCGGGGACGUGGUGGUGGCCGACAGCUGGGAGGUGGGCCCUCGGCCCGACUCGGUGGUGAGCCGCCUGCUGAUCCCCGCGCUGGGCCGCCUCCACGGCCUCCACGGCCUCCGCGGCAGGCUCGUGUGCAGAGCCUCCAACAACCCCAGCGCGCCGCCUGUGGACAAGGAGCUGUUCCUCGACGUACACCUGCGCCCCCAGUCGGCUCGCAUCGUGGGCGGCGGCCGCAGCCUGCUGGCCGGUCAGAGCUACGACUUCCAGUGCCGGAGCCUGGGGUCGCGGCCCCCGGCCGACAUCACGUGGCGCUGGAAGGGAUCGAACGAGGCGCUGCAGGGCCCCGUCAAGAGGCUCGCCGGCUCCGCCACCGAGUCCAUCAGCGUGCUCACACUCACGCCGCGGCCCGAGCACGACGGCCGCGUCAUCGAGUGCGUGGCCGACAACCCCGUCUUCACGGACAGCGAGGUGCGCGACGAGUGGCGGCUGUCGGUGCACUACGCGCCGCGGGUGACGGCCACCCUGGGCGCCAAGCUCAACGCCAGCAACAUCAAGGCGGGCGACGACGUGUACCUGGAGUGCGCCGUGGACGCCCGGCCCGCCGCCAGCGCCGUCACGUGGGCCCACAAUGGCGAGGCGGUGCAGUCCAGCUUGUCGGCGGGCGUGGUGGUGACGGAGCGCACCCUGGUGCUGCGGCGCGUGUCCAAGCUGGCCGCCGGGGACUACGCGUGCCACGCCAGCAACGCCGUGGGGCGCGCCCACUCGCCGGCCCUCACCCUCGUCGUCAUGUGUACGUACAACGCCAUUUACGGUGUGGUGAAUCUUUUGCGUUUUCGCUUUUAG